CGCAUUUGGAAAAUCGCCACCGGAAUAUUCUCACUUUGAAUUAUUUCCUAGUGCAAAAACCACUUAGUCAAACUUCCAAGCUUCGCCUGCCUGCCUCGCUUCGUAUGUCUUUGACUCUUCCAUCCGCCAGCCUCCCUCGAUCGCCACCGCCCACCCCACUAGAGCAGGAGGAGGAACAGGAAGAGGAAGAAAAAAGAAGAAGAAGAAGAACCGAAAUCGGAUAGGGUUUCGUAACGUCGAUUUAAUUUGUGUGACUAGAAAGGAAAGGAAAGGCAAGGGGAAAAUUUGAAAAACCUAAAAAAACGAAAAGGGGAAUGAAGUGCUUCCAUUUCAGCAGCGGGGACCGCCGCCCCGGCGACGGCGAUGGCGUCCUUUCGCGCAAGGUCUCGUGGGCGCGGUCCCUGAGUGUGGCAUCCACCAAUUUGGACUCGCGCCACUCCGAGGUGGACACGGACUCGCGCCGGGACCUGGCCGACUCGUCCGGGCUGUUCCAGGAUUUCCUCUCCCAGGGACGCGCAAAUGAUCUUCGCGUGUUCACCUUCGCGGAGCUGAAAUCGGCGACCCGCGGGUUCAGCCGGAGCCUCAUGAUCGGAGAAGGCGGCUUCGGCUCCGUCUACCGUGGCCGAGUCAGCGCUGCUGCUGACUCCGAGAUGGAUGUUGCGAUCAAACAGUUGAACCGGAACGGAUUUCAGGGGCACAAGGAAUGGAUUAAUGAAGUCAGUUUUCUAGGCAUAGUGAAGCACCUGAAUCUGGUCAAGUUAGUCGGAUACUGCGCCGACGACGACGAGAGGGGGAUUCAGCGCUUGCUGGUUUAUGAGUUCAUGUGUAAUAAAAGCUUGGAGGACCAUUUGCUGUCUCGAUCAGUGCCAGCCCCGCCUCUCCCGUGGAUGCUCAGAUUGAGGAUUGCCCAAGACGCAGCUCGUGGUUUGGCUUAUCUCCAUGAACAAAUGGAAUUUCAGUUGAUAUUUAGAGACUUCAAGGCUUCAAACAUCCUCUUGGAUAAAGAUUUCAACGCAAAACUCUCCGACUUCGGACUGGCAAGACAGGGCCCUGUAGCCGGACUCGAUCAUGUGUCCACAGCCGUUGUUGGAACAGUGGGCUAUGCGGCGCCGGAGUACAUUCACACGGGCAGGCUAACAGCCAAAAGCGACGUAUGGAGUUUCGGGGUUGUUCUGUAUGAACUUAUCACAGGAAGGCGGGUUCUUGAAAGAAAUUUGCCUCGCGGAGAGCAAAAGCUAUUGGAAUGGGUAAGACCGUACGUGUCGGACCCCAAAAAAUUCCACCUGAUUUUAGACCCGAGGCUGGAAGGAGAGAGCUGUAUGAGAUCAGCUCAGAAGCUUGCAUCCCUUGCCAACAAAUGCCUGAUGAAGCAGCCGAGAUCGCGCCCGAAAAUGAGUGAGGUGACGGAGAUCCUCGAGAGCAUGAUCUGUGAAGCAGCGAGCAUCCCCAAACAACAAAGUGAGAACCGUAAGAAGGGGUUUGAUUUCAGAGAAGUCGUCAUGAGGAACCGAUCAUCCUUAGGGAAGUUAGAUUGGAGAAAGUGGGCUUCCACUCCCAGUCUGGUGAGAACCAAAGUAACAUGACAUUACGACGACGAUGACGAUGUGGGUUUCCCAUUCCUCGACCUUUUUUGUUCUUUCGAUGUAUAAACGUAUCGUGUUGUAUGUAUGUAUGUAGUGCAUUCGCCAUCCCACGGUUUAGUUGCAACUCCUAACUUUCAUUUGGAAACCAUAUUUUGGGUGGGGGUUUAGUGAUCUUAUUGCAGGAGAUGUUUGAAGCUGUAAUGAAAUAUAUUUUAACUUUUUUACCCGAGUGCUGUUGAUACCGAUAUAAUACUGAAGAAUA